AGUCAUCAGCAAUAGUCGGCUGUCUGGUCUGGUACUGGUAUUGCCCGGCCUGCUGGCUUGGCCGGUAAAGGCACAUAUCACCUACCUACAUACAUAUAGACACACACAUACAUACGUACAUAUAAUCGUUAGCGUAAUCGUAGCCGUUGUUGUUGGCGAUGUCGUUGCUUUUGCUGGUGUUAUUGUUAUUUUCGCCACAGUGGUAGUGCUAGUGGUAAAGUAGUAGUAGUGUCGUAGCUGUGUCGGCAUUGGCAGUGUGACGAAGAAAAGUUACGGUCGACGUUUAUGGCUAAGGUUUGAUCAGUCUGAUUCAACAGUUUGUGCUGUAAGGAAGUGUGCACUACUGAACGGAAGUCACUUGAAUAAGUUUGAAAAGCGUUUUAUCCAAAAAUACCUACAUUUGCAUACCUGCAGACAACCGGUAGACGCAAGAGUCUAAUCUAAUAGUAAUAAAAGCAAAUUGUAGUAGCAGUGACAAAGUUCAAAUUCAAUAAAAAAUCCACGAUUCGAUUUUGAUUGGACUUUAGUAUCGUUAAAUAGUUUAAGCCAAAUUAAAAAUUUUGUGUGUGUGCAUGACAUGACGAGAAGACUGACAAACAAAAGAAGAAAAAUAAUUAAAUAAGCAUAAAUAAAUUAACAAAAAAGUGAACAAUGAGCGAGCGAAAGUAACUGUAUAAAGUCGAAAGAAAGCAAAAAUCGGCAAACCGAAAACGAUAAUAACACAAUAUUGCCGUCGUGGUACGAAAUUAAUGAAAAAAUUGAAAGCGUCGCUCAAUACUACGCUUGAUUCGCGAAAUUAGCACAUUCUUGUGAAAUUGGCUAAUUCAAAAGAUUUGUUGUAACAAACGCGAAGCAGUAACCAACAACCUUAACAUACAUACAUAUAUAAAACAUAUAAAACGCGUACUUAAUAUUAUUAUUGCCGGCAUUUGUGCGCGACAUCGUGUCUUCAAAGUGAAGUGUCGUAGCACUUCAAAAACAGCAAACGCCUUAGUCACGAACGCCGCGCGCCGAUUUUUGGCUAUUAGCGCGCCCAUCGAGCGCAGCCCCCCCAAUUACCCCACGUGGAUGAGCAAAGCGGAAUUUACUCGUAUUUACUUGGAUUAGUAUGCGGUGUGGUUGCAAAUCACUUGCAACCAAUAAAUCCAGCAAAACGGCGAACCAAAGCGAAUUUUCACACACCCAAACGCACCCACGCCUCUCAUUCAGCGUGCGGUCACCCACAGAAGUAAACAAAUUAACAAAAACAACACAGAAAACCACAUACGCACAGAAAAGUUGCAGUAGUCGAAGCAGCAGACGAAGUCAACGCGUCCUUACCAGCAAUCUCAUUUUCAUAAUGAUCGUAGCAACAAUAUGCACGAGCGCCUUAGCAGCGCCCACAACAACUAGCAAUAGUCCCGCCAAUAAUACACAAGCCACACACACACAAACAGUGACGGCAACAACAAGAAAAGCCAGCACAUACGCAAAGAACAAGGCGGUGGGUGUGACGUUAACACAAAAUACGAUAGAUGUGAGUAGCGGUGUAGUCUACACGAUGGCGCAAACUGCCAACGAGGGCUCGCGGAAACGGAAACGACACAGCAAACGUCACAGUAAUUGGAACAUUGAUACGUCCAAAGAUCUGCCAUGGGUGAAUCCUUGCGGUGGUUUCUAUGUGCCGUCGGCGACACAAAGUGGCAGUGCCAUGCGACGGAAGAACCCAACGAAACAGAUUUUCAACAUGCUUAAGAAGUCGGCAGGCAACGAGUACAAGAUGUUGAAAGCCGGUCAACAAGAUAUUGAUAUAAGCAAUAUACAUAUUUGGUCGCUGCACAAUAAGACUUAUAAAUUUCUGCCAAAAUUGAAGCUCAACUCAACGAUCGCACUCAAACGCUGGUACCGCAACAUGCAAUCCUUUGUGGGUUCAUUCGCCUAUUUGCGCAGCAUACAGCGCGCCUGGGAUAUGGCCAAAUUGCAACGUGAAAAUAGUACAGGACGCGAACUGCGACGAUUAUUUAUCAGCGCUCGCAACAUGUUGUGCGAAUUGGAGACGGCCAUCAAUGGCACAAUGCCAGCGCCGCGUAUGCUGCGUGGCAGCGCGUUACCGCAAGUGACAAGCGAACAAAUGAAUAAGCGCUUAAAGCUUUACACGAAGCGACGCGCUGAGAGCAAUCCGCAUAUAGUGCAGGAGGCGAACACAAUCGAUUUAAUGUGGGUGAAAUAUUAUUACUACGAAUUUUUGAAGACCAUGUGGAAGGUGCUGCGUCAACAAACAAAGCGACGCGGUCAAAUUGCGCUAAUGGCCAAUCCAAAGGCGUUCAAUGAGGUGGAAAAGCACUUUGGCAGCAUAAGCAAAAACAAGCGUGUCAAAGGUCAUUUGACGCCGCUGAAAACGGCUACAGCGUCGUUGGAGCGCAGUGAUAGUGCUAGCAGUAGAGGCGCGGCAAAUAGGCGCAAAAGUGCGCAUGGUAGUGCAGUAAGUGGUAUUGGUAGCAGAAGACGUUUGGCGCAUGCGCGCAACACGCGGUGAACCGGUGUGUGUGUGAAGAACAAAGGUUACAGAUUUUAAUUUCAUAUAUGCAUUUACUUACUUGCAUAUAUGAAAGUAACAUUUUGAGUCUCAAGCAAUUUUCGCUUUACAUACUAGACGCACGUGCUGCUUAAAUGCAUACAUACGCACGUCUAAACAUGCCAGGUCAAAGCAUUGCCUUCCAAAUAUACUUAUAUAGCUAUACUAUAUUAUUGAGUUUAUUAGUAUUAGAAAAAAUGUGUAUAAGAAUUUAGCUACUUCUUUAGCGCACAGUGACUGCAUUCCAGUAAUGUUUAAUAAGACAAAUCUACAACUAAAAGUAUCAAAAAUAUUUUAGCAACACGUUUGCUUCAGCAAUGGCAAACAAGUAUUAAGUAGUAUUGCACCAAUACGCUACAACAAAAACAAAGCACUUUGUAUUUAAUUAUAAAUUAUUUGCAUGCAAAACUAAGCCAAUAACGAUAAUAACAACAACAACGUAAUAUAAGCAAAAAUCUCGCCAGUUACAUACAAACAUACAAGCAUAUUUAUUUAUUACACUACAUGCCGUUUCAUAUAUUAUAGAACCCGCAGCGCAACGCGCGAUUGUUGUUUUUACAAUUGCACAAGUUCAAGUUCAAUGUGCGGAACAACAAAAGCAACAACAUGAAAAAUCAAAAGGCAAUUUUCAUUAAAUUACUUAUCAAAUGCGCGGCUGCCUUCAAUUUUCAAUUUCAUUUUCAUUUUUCACUUUCGGUUUCAUAUGCACAACAACAACAACGAUAACAACAACAAUUGAAAAGUAAACAAACACAAAUUGAUAGUUGUAGUAUUUCUAGUCAACACAUCGCACCGUCUCAAUUACUUUGAUAACUGAGCGAGCACACACCCACAAUCAUAAUUAACAGCACCAGCAGGCAUAUACAUACAUACAUACAACUUUACAUGCACAAAAAAGCACAUAUUAAAUUCAAAAUACAUAUAGACUGGCUAUAUUAACAUUCAAGUGGCGCAAGCUGCUUGACUGGUUCCUAUUCGUUCACACUUAUCAUUAUUAUUUUCAUUCUAAAUGCUUGUUCAUAUCAGAAAAUGCAUGCAGAAAUCACAAAUCCAUAAACACACACAUACAUACGUGUAUAAGCUUAAGUAGCUUUAUAAGCACGUGAGUAGAGGCGCGGCAUGUGAGCGCCCAUAAGGAGAUAAAAACCGCGCCAGCAGCGACGGCAAAAGUUAUAACUGCAUUUAAUGAGUCAAAUGCCGGACAAUUAAUUUCAAUUACAAAAUUGUCGAUUCGAAAAGCGAGAAUAUACAGAUAUUAAAACAAUUUGGCGGUGUUAUUUAGAUAAAAGUUAUAAAAAUUUGUUUUUUGAAUUGGCAAAUUUUGACUCUGCUUAAAUAUGAAGGUACAAUUUUCAUAAUUUUUGCUUCAAAUUUUAAUGAAAAAAUAUUGAAAAUUAAUCUUCUAUCACUCUGUACAUAAAAAUGUAAGCAAAUUUUUCAUAACUUUUUUAAGAUUUUACGAAAAUAAAUAUUGAAAAUUGCGUUACGCGCCUCUGCUCAUAAGUUUAAUACGUACAUAUUAUCUCACCUAAAAGCAAAAUAACGUAACAACACUUUUCACAAGUUCACAGACGAAAAAAAAACGUUAAAAUAGAAGCUACUAAUAUUGAAACAAAAUUUGAGUUUUGGUUAUAAAGUGGUUAUAUACUGGUUAUAAAACGGUUAUAUAUUGGUUAUCAUUCACCCAAAAUGAAGAAAAAUUUGAAUUUUGGUUAUAAAAUCGGUAUAUAUUGGUUAUUAUAUCUGCCACUGAUUUUCGAUUUUUUUUUUAUGCUACGUUGCUUUGCAUUUAGGUGACGAUGUACUUACUUAUAUUUCCAUACCCAUAUGCACUCUCAUGAUUACUAAAUACAUUACGAGUUUAUUUCGAAAACUGAUUAUGAAAGACUACGUACAAAAACUCUCACAAGCUCUCUCUCUCUCCCUUUAUAUUAACUCACACUAUAUUUCUAAAUUUAUUAUCUUAACUGUAUGUCAGUGUGUACAAUUAGCACCUAAGCCACGAAUAUCUAAAGACAAAAUGUGUAAAUGACUUGCAUUUCUUAAUCUAAUCUAAAUCAUUGAGUGUAAACAUUCGAUAAAUAUUUAUACAUUCAUAGAAACAUGUAUUUAUUAUUGCAAUAAGAAAGAGCAAAAAAACCAAGACAAAAAGAAUUAUAUUAAAAAAUAAAAAUAAAAAAUAAACUUCAUUCAGUCAAGUGCUCAUUUGCAUUUGCUUUUGCGCUGUGAUAUUGUAUAUGUAAAAAACGUUAAACUGAAUCAAAUUAAUUCAAAUCAAAGACCCAGCUAACUUGCGAAGUAGGUCUAUACUUAAAAAAAAAAAAAUAGUAUUAUAUUUAGUAUUGUUAAGCAAAACUGAAAAACCGCAACUUUUGUAUGAGUACCUAGGUCGCUAAGUGUAAAAUUUUAUUUUAAGUAUUUUUUUAAAUUUAUAAUUAUUUAUAAGGGAAAAAAUUAUUAAAAAUUUAAAAAAUAUUUGAAAAAUAAAACUAUGAAAAUUUUAUAAAAUAUAA